CACCAUAACCCGCCGAUCAGUGAAUUUUCCCAGAUUACUCCGCAGCGGGUAAAGCGCGCCCGCUGAAGAGGAAGCGACUCACGCGGUUACAGAGGAACACGUUCUUCGUACGCGUGCAGCGCCGCGAACAAUAGAAGGUUAAAGCUGUAUUUCUACCGACAUGUCUGGUGGUGGUGUUAUCCGCGGCCCUGCUGGGAGCAAUGACUGCCGCAUUUAUGUGGGCAAUUUGCCUCCUGAUAUCCGCACUAAAGAUGUCGAAGACGUGUUUUAUAAGUAUGGGGCUAUUCGCGAUAUCGAUCUAAAAAACAGACGAGGUGGACCUCCAUUUGCCUUUGUCGAGUUUGAAGACCCCAGGGAUGCAGAAGAUGCCGUUUAUGCUCGGGAUGGCUAUGACUAUGAUGGUUAUCGGCUUCGAGUGGAGUUCCCAAGGAGUGGACGGGGUAUGGGGAGAGGAGGAGGGGGAGGUGGUGGUGGCGGCGGCGGAGGAGGUGGAGGAGGGGGAGGAGGAGGCGGCGGCGGCGGUGGUGGUGGUGGUUUUGGAGGUGGUGCUCCAAGGGGUAGAUACGGACCCCCAUCCAGACGUUCUGAGUACAGAGUAAUAGUUUCAGGUCUUCCACCAAGCGGUAGCUGGCAGGACUUGAAGGAUCACAUGCGUGAAGCAGGUGAUGUAUGUUAUGCUGACGUUUUCCGAGAUGGAACUGGCGUGGUGGAGUUUGUUCGUAAAGAAGACAUGACCUACGCUGUUCGAAAACUGGAUAACACAAAAUUCCGAUCGCAUGAGGGAGAAACCGCAUACAUUCGUGUGAAGGUGGAUGGUCCUCGCAGUCCAAGCUAUGGAAGAUCAAGGUCCAGAAGCCGCAGUCGCAGCAGGAGUCGCAGCCGCAGCAACAACCGCAGCCGUAGCUUCUCCCCACGGCGCAGCCGAGGAUCCCCGCAGUACUCUCCUCGCCAUAGCCGUUCUCGCUCUCGGUCCUAAACCGCUCCAGUGUCACCUGUCUGGUCAACUUUUUGGUGGAGCUGUUGACCCAUUUGUUUUUAGUCUUUACACAUCACAACCUAUGCUUUAGGUUUUUCCCUUUUUUUCAUGAGGCAUAUGUAUUGAAUGUUGUCUUCCCCUCCUUUUCUGGUCAUCCCCUUUUUUCCCCCACCCGUGGUCUUGUUUUUUACUUUUUAAUCAUGCAUUUUUAACUGAGUUGUCCCAUCCAUCUUUUUUCGUUUUUAAUAUGGAGUGGAAGUCUUUCAUAGACCAACCAAUGGGUUAUGUAAUGGCCCCCAAUAUUUUUGUAAAUGUCAAUGUCAAUUUUCUUGGGUAGUGGGUUCCACAGUAACUGUAUUUUAUGCCGUCUUCCUCUAGACAUGAUACCAAACUAAUGCUUUGUAAUAAAGGAUUAUUGAAUCCAUAUUUUGUUGUGGAAAAGGGUGAAUUAAAAAAAAUCCUGUUUCAAUAUUUCACUAGGAAAUUUAAAAAAAUCUUAGCCCACAGGACUAUUUGGUUUAACUCUCCAAAUUAUUCCGUAAUCAAGUGGCAUGUAUGUGGUGCAUACGUUUUCUUUUAAAUAAUCUAAAAUCACAAGACUGAGAUGACGAUUUAGGUUGAAAUUGUAAAAUGACAUUUAGGCGUAGUGUUAGGUAUUGUAGGAUGAUGUGUUUUGGCUUUAGCGCUAUAUGCAUGCAUCAAGAAAGGCAGGUUUGAGUGGAUUUGAUUCUAACUCUUUACCUCCUUUGUUUUGAUUUAGCUGGAAUUUUAAGGUUUGGAUUGGAGGAGAGGCUCAGUGGAACCUGGAUCACUGGGAUCAGUACAUAAUGAAGAUAGGGAUAGGGAAUGCUGGAUACAUGGAACAGGAUCAGAUGCCCCAGGAUCAUAGGAUUUUUAGGACCACAGUUGAAAAGUACCUCCCAGACCCCUUUAUUUUCACUUUACCGCAUUGGGAAGUUUAUACUUUCUGGCCCUUCAUUUUUAACACAUUGGAGGAGCAGAUGCUGGAGGAGUCAAUUGGAAUGGAAUCGACAGGAGCAGUAUGGUAAACUAAAAGUACGCUUGGGAUGGGUGGGGGUUUACUCAGGCAUUUUUAGAUUUGUACUCUCCUGUUAAUGGACAGAUCCUUUAACAUAAGAGUUUUGUUUCUUUUUAGUGAACAGGGUUUUGCAUUAAUAAAGGUUUUGUUGGUACAUAAA